CGGUGCCCCACGGGCUUGAGCCGGGGUGAAUCUGGAGGGGCCGGGCCGAGCCCGGGGGCGCUUUUGUACGCGAAGCAGCCGCUAGAGCAGGACCUGGUCUCCCGAGAGGUGAGUCGGAGAGGCAGGCCUGGAGCCGCGCGGACCCCGAGCAGUAGCCCGAGAGGGACUACUUGUUGAUAUUUGAGGAGGGAGGUGUCUUACCUGAGAGCCUGGCUGGAGAAGACUGAGGUCCAAGGCUUGAAGCCUAAGUGAUUGCCCCAGGACCGUGGAUGAUGGCUGCAGAGAUCCCGAGAGUGACCACUUCGCUGAACCCCUUGGUCCAGGUGCCUCAAGAGGAAGAUAGACAGGAGGAGGAGGUCACCACCAUGAUCCUGGAGGAUGACUCCUGGGUGCAAGAAGCUGUGCUGCAGGAGGAUGGCCCUGAGUCUGAGCCCUUUCCCCAGAGUGCUGGCAAGGGCAGCCCCCAGGAGGAGGUGACCAGGGGACCACAGGGUGCACUCGGCCGCCUCCGAGAGCUCUGCCGGCGCUGGCUGAGGCCAGAGGUACACACCAAGGAACAGAUGUUAACCAUGCUGCCAAAGGAAAUUCAGGCUUGGCUGCAAGAGCAUCGGCCUGAAAGCAGUGAGGAGGCAGCGGCUCUGGUGGAAGACUUGACCCAGACCCUUCAGGACAGUGGCAGUCAGCGUGUUCAUCAGCCUUUUAGUGUCCUCACUGUGUGCAAUGUCAGCUCCAGAACUGCUAGGUGGGGCUUAGAGCUACAUUUGAAUUAUUUUGAGAUACAGAGUGAAAAUGGGGAGAACUGUAAUCAAGACAUGUUUGAGAAUGAAUCACGUGAGAUAUUCUCAGAAAUGCCUGAAGGUGAAAGUGCUCAGCACUCCGAUGGGGAAAGUGACUUUGAGAGAGAUGCUGGCAUCCAGAGGCCCCAGGGACACACCCCAGGUGAGGACCACGGGGAGGUGCUCUCUCAGGACAGGGAAGUUGGCCAGCUCAUAGGCCUGCAGGGCACCUACCUGGGGGAGAAGCCCUACGAAUGUCCCCAGUGUGGGAAGACCUUCAGCCGGAAAUCCCACCUCAUCACACACGAGAGGACCCACACAGGAGAGAAAUACUACAAAUGUGAUGAAUGUGGAAAAAGCUUUAGUGAUGGUUCAAAUUUUAGUAGACACCAAACCACUCACACCGGGGAGAAGCCCUACAAAUGCAGAGACUGUGGGAAGAGCUUUAGCCGGAGUGCCAACCUCAUAACCCACCAGAGGAUCCACACGGGGGAGAAGCCCUUCCAGUGUGCUGAGUGUGGCAAGAGCUUCAGCAGGAGUCCCAACCUCAUUGCACAUCAGCGCACCCACACGGGAGAGAAACCCUACUCGUGCCCCGAGUGUGGAAAGAGCUUUGGCAACCGAUCCAGCCUUAACACGCAUCAGGGGAUCCACACUGGAGAAAAGCCCUAUGAAUGUAAAGAAUGCGGCGAAAGCUUUAGUUACAACUCCAACCUAAUCAGACACCAGAGAAUCCACACAGGAGAGAAACCCUACAAAUGUACUGAUUGCGGGCAGAGGUUCAGCCAGAGUUCAGCCCUCAUCACCCACCGGAGAACCCACACAGGAGAGAAACCCUACCAGUGCAGUGAGUGUGGGAAAAGCUUCAGCCGCAGCUCCAACCUGGCCACGCACCGGAGAACCCACAUGGUGGAGAAGCCCUAUAAGUGUGGGGUGUGCGGGAAGAGCUUCAGCCAGAGCUCCAGUCUGAUUGCACACCAGGGCAUGCACACAGGGGAGAAACCCUACGAGUGUCUGACGUGUGGGGAGAGCUUCAGCUGGAGCUCCAACCUCCUCAAGCACCAGAGGAUCCACACGGGAGAGAAGCCCUACAAAUGCAGCGAGUGUGGGAAAUGCUUCAGCCAGCGCUCCCAGCUCGUAGUGCACCAGCGGACCCACACAGGCGAGAAGCCCUACAAAUGCCUCAUGUGCGGAAAGAGCUUCAGCCGGGGCUCCAUUCUGGUCAUGCACCAGAGAGCCCAUUUGGGAGACAAGCCCUACAGGUGCCCUGAGUGUGGGAAAGGCUUUAGCUGGAACUCAGUCCUCAUUAUACAUCAGCGAAUCCACACUGGGGAGAAGCCCUACAAAUGCCCCGAGUGUGGCAAAGGCUUCAGCAACAGCUCUAACUUUAUCACACAUCAGAGAACUCACAUGAAAGAGAAACUUUAUUGAAGUGGCAAAGAGCGAAAGUGAGGGACUGGCCUGGAGUGGGAGUUGCCACACUGCCCCAACAGUGAUUCCCUUUCAAAGAGCUGUGCUUCCUAAACAUUCUGGGGGGUUUUGCCAGAAUCUUCCCCUUGCUUAUCCUCAUUUCCAGGACACUGUCGUUUUAGUGGUCUGAGUCAAGUCCCGUAUACGUUCAAGAACAGGGCAUAGGAGUGGAAGGUCUGGAAAGUUGGGUCUUUUUCCCUUACAUUGGGUGACUUGAUUGGCCCCCUCUGGUGUUUCCUCUGUGCCUCAGUUUCCUCUUUGGUAAAAUGGGGGGGAAAUGUUUCUCCGUGUGGAAUGGAAGACAGCAUGGCCCACAACGUGGGCCGAGUCCUCAGAGAAAUACUGGAAAUCACUUGUGUGGUUCUGGUCGUUUUGUUGUUUUGCUGCCACUCUGUUGGGCUAAGGUGCCUUCACCCCAAGCAGUUAGUGUUCCAGGGCUCCCUGCGCAUGCUAGAAUCUCCUCUUCUGGCUUUGGUGUCUUGGGCUUUGAUUUCAGGUCAAAAUGGAGGGGUUUCUCCAGUUCUGAGUCACCCACAUGAAGGUAAAGCCCCUUUCUAUUUCCAGAAAGCGUCAGGAGCACAGAAACUUGAGGAAGUACAGCCUGGAGCCAGUGUCCCAGUGUCCUUUCCAUUGGUAAGAGUAGGACAGGGCCUUCAGGAAAGGGGUAAACCGAGGACAUUUCAGUGCUUGCUUUUGUCUCUGGCUACUGUCCUGUGGUACGUCAGCUACCAGGGGAACACAUUUUUUCUCGUGGGGUUUUGUCCUGGAGAGUGUAGUGAAGUCCGAGAGCCCCAGCUGCCAACCCAUGGUGGAUGGUAACUUCUGUCUCAUCAAGGGUAAAACAGUCCUGUACGCAGCAGGGUGGGUUUGUGCCUUUGGCCCAACGGAUACAUAGCCCCAUAAUUUCUGAAUUAUUCUAUGCACUUGUUUCCCUCUUCUUUUAUUUUUUAUUUGAUAUAUGCCAACCUAGAAUCCUGUCGGGUAGCUUUUGUAUACUAAGAACAUUAUUAUUUUUUAUUAUUUUUUUUUUUUGAGACAGAGUCUCACUCUGUCACCCAGGCUGGAGUGCAGUGGUGCGAUCUCAGCUCACUGCAAGCUCCACCUCCUGGGUUCACGCCAUUCUCCUGUCUCAGCCUCCCAAGUAGCUGGGACUACAGGUGCCCACCACCACCCCCGGCUAAUUUUUUUUUAUUUUUAUUUUUAGUAGAGACGGGGUUUCACCGUGUUAGCCAGGAUGGUUUCGAUCUCCUGUCCUCGUGAUCCGCCCGCCUUGGCCUCCCAAAGUGCUGGGAUUACAGGCAUGAGCCAGCACACCCGGCCAAGAACAUUAUUUUUAUUAUAUUUAUUUUUUUUUUUUGAGACGGAGUCUCACUGUCGCCCAGGCUGGAGUGCAGUGGCGCGAUCUCGGCUCACUGCAGGCUCCGCCCCCUGGGGUUCACGCCAUUCUCCUGCCUCAGCCUCCCGAGUAGCUGGGACUACAGGCACCCGCCACCUCGCCCAGCUAAUUUUUUGUAUUUUUAGUAGAGACGGGGUUUCACCGUGUUAGCCAGGAUGGUCUCGAUCUCCUGACCUUGUGAUCCGCCCGCCUCGGCCUCCGAAAGUGCUGGGAUUACAGGCGUGAGCCACCGCGCCCGGCCGAGAACAUUAUUUUUAAAGAAGUGCUAACUUUGAGGAUGUAUCUGUUCCCUGGAGAUAUUUGGGCUUGAAUCAGGAGUUUGUCCUACAGGUGUUGCCCUUGAUUUCGGGGUGCUACCUGGGCUUUGUUCUCGAGAUCCUUGCACCUGGAGAGUGAAGACGGGCAUGAUGGCAGGUGAAGGGGUUUGCUGUGAAGGAAGAGGAGAUAAGGCGUUUCGAGGAAAUGGGAAACUGCCUCCUCCUACACAUGGGGCCUGUGCUCAGAAUGGGCUUAGUUCUUAUAGGAUGGAUGCUCAGUAUUCCUUAAUAAAGUAGAGUUCCAUUCUUUU